UUCGGCGUCACUUUCUGGUAAAUCUAACACGAUGAAGUUGUUCGGGCUUCUUGCGUUGCUGGUAGCUUCGGCCUUCGCUGAUGACUCUUCGUCUUCAGAAGAAGAAAAUGAGGGCCUGCCUUUGGCAGAGGCCUGUGACCAGGAAGCUUGCAGCUUGCCUGACUGCAGAUGUUCCAGCACCAACAUUCCCGGAGGAUUGAACCCACGAGAUAUACCACAGUUCGUAACUGUCACCUUCGACGAUGGUGUUAACGUGAACAACAUUAUCACUUACCGCAACAUCCUGUACAACCGACUGAACUCCAACGGCUGUCCCGCUGGAGUUACCUUCUUCGUCAGCCACGAGUACACCAACUAUGCUCUCAUCAACGAGCUCUAUAACCAGGGCUUCGAAAUUGCCCUACACUCCAUCAGUCACAGAACUCCUCAAACCUACUGGUUCGAAGCCACCAAAGAAGUUAUCAAGGAAGAAAUUGCUGACCAGAAAGCCCAGAUGGCUCACUUCGCUAACAUUCCUCCCAGCGCCAUUAAAGGUGUUCGCAUGCCCUUCCUCCAAUUGGCUGGCAACGCUAGCUUCGAAGUCAUGCAGGAAUAUGGCUUGGAGUACGAUUGCACUUGGCCUACGAUCGCCCACACAAACCCAGGACUAUGGCCUUACACCCUGGACUACGCUUCGACCCAGGACUGCAUCAUUCCUCCCUGCCCAUCUGCCUCCAUCCCUGGAGUUUUUAAGCCUAUGGUUGCCUGGUCUGACCUCAACGGAGUUCCUUGCUCAAUGGUUGACGCUUGCUUCUUCAUCCCUGACCGCGAAAAUGAAGAGGAAUGGUACAAGUUCAUCCUCAGCAACUUCGAGAGGCACUACUUGGGCAACCGUGCUCCCUUCGGCUUCUACGUCCACGAGGCCUUCUUGGCUGCCAACCCUGCCGUCAACCGUGCGCUAGUUCGCUUCAUGGAUCUGGUCAACAAUCUGAAUGAUGCUUUCAUGGUGAACGCCCACGAAGUCGUCGACUGGGUUAAGAACCCGAAGCCACUCAAUGAGUACAGGAGCCAAGGCUGCCGCAGCUUCAGCCCUUCAACCUGCAACCCCAACAACUGUGGUCCUCUCUUCUCCACACACAAUCAAUUGGCUUACUACAUGCAAGUAUGCAGCGCUUGUCCUAACAACUACCCAUGGGUCGGCAAUCCUCUUGGACAAUAAAUCUACAACUGUUUAUUAGGUUUAUCAAUAAAAUAAAUUUCAACAUAAACUAAA